CGCUGCUCGUCGCCUUCUCUCGGAUGCCGUGGACGUGACAGUUUCACUGAGCGUGGGGGUCAUGAACGGGUCGUACCCCUUCUCAGCUCUCCUAGCACGACAGCUUCUGGCCGACAGCUCGCUGAUCCUGUCUUCCUCAGCUACCGUUGAGCGGAGCGGAGUGUGCGGCAACGGCGUGUGCGAGGUCGGAGAAGUUUGCGGGCUGAACGAAGGCUGUUGCAUCGCCGACUGUCAGACAACCUCUCUCAGCUGCCCCAUCGCCUCUCUCGACCGCGUCUGCAACAGCAGGGGGAAGUGCCUGAGCGGCAGCGGAGCCUGCGAUUGCUUCCUGGGGUACGAGGGGGUCGCCUGCGAGAGCUGCUCCGAGGGCUUCGCCGCCAGCUACCGCAACGGCUCCCUCCUCUGCUCCUUCAACGCCUCCCUCGCUGCCGUCAGCUGGAACAUCCCACAGCCCUGGGCAGCUUCCGAGUUCCUCCAGUACGCCGAGUGCAUCGAUAGCAGGGGGUGGAUGGAGCUUACGGCGCUGGUGAACAACGGCACUGCACAGACGGGAGGGCUGGGGAUGAUGAUGCAAUAUCCGAUCGAGGACAUGCUUGCUUGCAGCGAGCAGCAGGAGCUGAUCUCAUCAACGAUAAGAUGUGCUUCGUCUACCAUGAGGAGAAGCAAGUGUUCUUGGCAUGGAACACGGACAAAGUCCUUAACCUCGCUCCUGAUGACUAGGAGAGCGAGUAGAGCUGUCAUAUCGGCAAUCAACAAGCAUGAAAGGCAGCGGACAGGAGGGAGAUACGAGAAAGCUUAACUUGUAUUCUUGCACAUGAUUACAUAUCUACACAUCCUACCUCGCUCCUCCUCCCACCCGGAUUAUCUCACGAGGGACUCGAAUGAGCGAGACUUCCUGAUUCUCUGCGGGGGUGCUGAGGGAGCGGAAAGCGACUCGCUGGAGGGUGCCCUUCGCAUCGGAUUCUCCGAGGUCGUUCUCAAGGAGCUCUGGCGGAUCGGGGAGGCGAGGCCGGGCAUGCAGGUGUGCUUUCUGGACAACAAGUUAGCAUAAUAUCUGCUCCCGCUGCUGCUCAACACUCGGGGAUGCGCCGGACGCGCUCUGCUCAUCUCAUGAUGCGCUGGAUCCUCAGGAGGAGGAGAGGUUGCGCCUUCAACACGGGGGAGAAGACGUUUGGUCUGGUGAACGAUGACGACUCCGCUGGUUUGAGUCUGCUCUACAAAUUUCUGGUUCCUCUUGGCUCUCUCCUCUUCUGCCUGAACCAGCUUGGCGACAAAGCGUUCCUCUGAGGAGUUGGAUUUCGUUUCCUUGAGCGCCGGAGAUUUCUUACUCCUUCGCUUGAGGAGCUUCUGCAAGACACGUUUCAUGAGCGCAGAGCUCUUGAUGGGCCAGGAUAGAACCGUGAAGAUGAACAACGCUAAGAGCCACAUUUCAAGAUUGACAAGAAUCGCAGAGAAACUUUCAAGAGUACGCUUUUUCUGGGCCGAGGGAGAAUCGAGAAAAGGUGGAGUCAGGUUUCGAGAGGCACAGGAGGAGGAGGUACAGGAGGUACAGGAGGUACAGGAGGUACAGGAGGUACAGGAGGUACAGGAGGUACAGGAGGUACAGGAGGUACAGGAGGAGGAUGUUGGCACAAGAAUCGGAGGGGAGCAGGACAAGGAGGUAGAGGACGAGAUGAUUGUGGUGGAGGCGGGUGAAGAGGGAGAGUAGUUGUAAUGCGAAUUG